AGAUCCACAGGCCACGCCGCUCAGCGCGCUCAUUGGUCUCCACAUUUCGCGGACUUUUGGCACGAGGAAAUCCAGAUUGCAUAAAUCUAAAAAUUAAUCAGGAAGCACCGUUAAUCCCAGUUGUAAAGAGAUCAACAACUAUGGCUCAAGUCAAUGGCCAUCAUAAUGGUACAUGGGACUCUCACAACAAGAUGAUGCUGGAACCUCUGAGCACAAAUGAUCCCGAGGUAUUUGACAUUAUAAAAAAGGAGAAGAAGAGGCAGACGUAUGGAUUAGAGCUCAUUGCCUCUGAGAACUUCACCAGUCGAGCAGUUUUGGAAGCACUGGGCUCCUGCAUGAAUAACAAGUACUCUGAGGGUUAUCCUGGACAGAGGUAUUAUGGAGGCACAGAGCAUGUAGACGAAUUAGAGCGUUUGUGUCAGGAAAGAGCUUUGAAAGCUUACGGGCUUGACCCUAAUAAAUGGGGAGUUAAUGUACAACCGUACUCUGGGUCACCUGCGAACUUUGCUGUAUACACAGCCAUAGUGGAACCUCAUGGACGGAUCAUGGGCCUUGACCUGCCCGAUGGAGGCCAUCUCACCCACGGCUUCAUGACUGACAAAAAGAAAAUCUCAGCCACUUCCAUUUUUUUUGAGUCUAUGCCUUAUAAGGUCAACCCAGAAACUGGAUACAUUGAUUAUGACAGACUUGAGGAAAAUGCUCGGCUCUUCCACCCCAGACUUAUAAUUGCUGGCACCAGUUGCUAUUCCCGUAACCUGGACUAUAGUCGUCUGAGGAAGAUAGCCAACGAGAAUGGGGCCUAUCUUCUGGCAGACAUGGCUCACAUUAGUGGUCUGGUUGCAGCAGGAGUGGUUCCUUCUCCAUUUGAACACUGCGAUGUUGUUUCCACCACUACCCACAAGACCCUCAGGGGCUGCAGAGCAGGAGUCAUUUUCUUCAGAAAAGGAGUUCGCAGUGUUGAUGCAAAAGGGAAGGAGACCUUGUACAACCUUGAGAGUCUGAUAAACCAGGCAGUGUUUCCUGGACUUCAAGGCGGCCCACACAACCAUGCCAUUGCUGGAGUUGCUGUUGCUUUGAAGCAGGCUCUGACUCCAGAGUUCAAGACCUAUCAAAUGCAAGUUCUGGCAAAUUGCAGAGCUUUAGCAGCCACCCUUAUGGAAAAAGGCUACAAGGUUGUUACAGGCGGCUCUGAUAAUCAUCUCAUCUUGGUCGAUCUGCGUCCAAAUGGAACUGAUGGAGGGAGGGCCGAGAAGGUGUUGGAGGCUUGUGCCAUCGCCUGCAACAAGAAUACAUGCCCAGGUGAUAAAAGUGCCUUGCGCCCCAGUGGCCUUCGUUUAGGGUCUCCGGCUCUUACAUCCCGAGGGCUUUUGGAGGAUGAUUUCCGCAAGGUUGGCGAGUUCAUUCAUCAGAGCAUUGAGUUGACAUUGGAGAUGCAAAGAAACAUGAACCCAAAAGCUACUUUGAAGGAGUUUAAGGAUGAACUGGCUCAAAAUGAGAAGUAUCAACUGAAAAUCAAAGACAUCCGAGAGGAGGUGGAAGCCUUUGCUGGAAAAUUCCCAAUGCCGGGGUUGCCAGAGUUAUAAUUAUUAUCCAUCUGACUUUUUGGUGUUCCUGAAAUAGGCUAUUACUUCUCUUUUGAUGGGCACUGAGGUGUAAAUGCAGCGUAACAGUCUAUUCCUGUUAUAAUGCACAUUGAUGUGAUGAUUUCCCAUUUAUUUGUCAUCAUCCACAUGAACUAUCUGUCUUGGAUAUCACCAAUGAUUGUUUUAUAAAAGCAUUACUCUGUUAGCGUUUGCUCCUCAGUUACUUUUGAUCUUUACCUGUUUUCUGUGGUUGCAAAUAGUGAACACUGAAAUGCUCUCCAGAUAAGACCAACAGAAAAAUAUCCAACUGCAACAACACAUUAAAGUGCAAAUAAAGCUAUAAAUACUGUAAAUGUGAA